AUGGCUGCUGAUCCUGUAUCUUCUGCGAUGAAUCGCAUGAUGUUCCGGACGAGAAAGGGCGGCGGACCCGGCACUUCGCUGAUUUGCUCAUGCUCACCCUUCGAAUCCCCCGAGACUUGUGACGCCCUGCCCAUUGUCCGUUACCAGCCACGGAACCCUGACCCCCAGCGGAAAUCCAAGUUCUUCCUUCUUCCGCGGGAGUUAAGGGUGCAGAUCGAAACAGAAUAUCUUGCCGAGUACCUCCGCGAGGCUGCUGCUCGCUGGAAACGCCUUGGCGGCCCUAGUUGGAAUGGCUAUGCGAGAGGACCAGCUGGUGUCGCGCCGUCUCCUUUGUCGCUCUCUUGUAAGCGCAUGUACGACGGAGACAUGGUUCCUCGAGGCAGCAUGGGAUUAUUCUGGACCGCGGGCCCAGGACAACCUCACGGGUCCUGCCGUAUCGCUCUUGUCGUGGAGGGGAGGCUCUGCUGGAGACGCCUGGAGCGAUUGCGGUUUGUCAAUGAGGCGGACAGGUUCCACACCGAAACGUGGAAGAAUGAUUUCUUUUUCACCCUGGGAAAGGCCUGGAACCUGAAAGAGCUGGAACUCGUCUGGGGGCCAAAGGUGACCAUCCUCCCCGACCCAAGGAAUGACGAUCACAUCAUGAGACAGCUCCAAAAGCACACUUCACUCCGUAUCGUGCGCUUCCGGGGCAAUGUUCCGAGAGCAUGGUUGCUUACGGAGUCGAGUUCUGGCUCUCGUAUUAGGUAUGUCACCCAGCCUCUGUGGUGGGUGAAGAGGGACUGGGAAGACGAAGAGCAGGAGGAUCUCCAAAGGGCUGCCGACGAAGAGGUCCACUCCAGACGUGUCGAGCGGUACGAACAGCAACUGGCCAUAUUUUCCGCAUCUUCUAAGAAGGGUUCAAAAUCAAAGUUUUGGAGGCGAUACCUUAAACUCUUUUGA